AUGGCGUUGACUAAAGGAACCAAAGUGUUCCUUGGCUUUGUCCUGUUGGUGUGCUGUUGGCUCAGCAACGCGUCCCUGCAUGUGGCUGAUGGCCCGGCCGAAAGUGACGGGUCCAAAGUUCUUGGGCCCGUGGUCCUUGACUUGAAAGUCGCAAUUUAUCAAAGCCGUUUUCCGGCGGGCAAAGCAGAUCUGUCUGACCAUUUGCGCACAGGUUUGCCCAUCAAGCUCCCCAAGGAUGAUGCCCUGCAAGGUGUGAUUUGCGCAGGCAAGGCUGCCGUAUUGCUUACGGUUUUGGUGUGCCUUUUUGGCUUUCGGUGCUCAUCGCUUGAAGGUCGACGGACAGAGAGCUUGGAACCUGGCACGCGCGUGGGAACUGAUGCACAGCACUUCGCUAAGCCUGCAGGUUGUGAUUUGGAAAUGGGGUUGGCUCCAACUCCUGGCAGUGACGAAUCGCGCGUUGAGCCUGAGCUGUUCGAUGAGUGCUGGGGCGAAGAUGAGGAGUUUGCAGAAGAGGAAGGAGAAGAAGAGGAAGGAGAAGAAGAGCGCAUCAGCAACGACCACAGGGACAGAUUGAUCCUGCAAGCCGCGACCAUGGGCCCUUGUGUCAGGCGCGACGAUGCGCCAGAAAUUCAUGAUGAAGCAGGCCGCAUUGCCCUUGCCCGCCUUGACAAGAAGAGCGGCGAGCAAGCGAUGAUGGACGGCUCCAAAGCGGCAGGCGGAAAUGUCGGUGACUUGCGGCCUUCGAGUUCCAGGGAAUACCUGGCCUUGUUGCAGCUGGAAAUUGAGGCCCUGCAGAAGUACGUCCCGGAUGAGAGGCCAAGUGAAGAGACUCAGCUCAAGGCAGCAAGGCUGAAUGCAUUGCAGCGAGUGCUCCAUGAGCGCGCUGCACGAAUGGCUCCGGCGCAGGCUCAAGUCGAGUCUCUGGCCGCGUGGGGCUUUGCUUCCGAGAAGGAGCUGGCCGCGGCGCCGUGUCUCUUGCGUCUGCAUGGGGAUCCAAUGCUCACGGGAUGCCUGGCUUAUGUGGUCUCGGGGGGUUCCCGUGUACUGGGGAGUGCCAGCGACAUCUACUUGAAGGGCCUGGGUAUUCGGCCGCAGCAUUGUCAGAUCUCGGAACACAGCGGCGGUCUGUGGUUGACUAACCUUUGCUCACAGAGGCAUCGACUCUUUGUGAACGGCAGAUCCAUGGAUGGCACCACCACGGAGCGGGGAAGGGCCGAGUGGGAGCAACGGUUGAGCAACAAAG